AUGGCUGCUGCAGACGAUGUACCUGCAGGGGAGCCGCCCAAGACGCCUCGCAACCGCACCUUUCGAGGGAAGAGCGUUUCUCGCUUCAACCUGUUCCGCGAUUCAGAUGCGCAGAGUUCGCCCGGCUCCAAGAGCAUCCGCAACCUGCCUGCGUCUAUUUCGCUCUCGCAAGCUCCUCCGUUGCCAGACGCGCCGCCAAUCCCCAACUUUGUGCUCAGCGCAAACCCCAAAAACGACUCGAGCCCCUCGCAACGCCGAUUCUUUGGUGGUGAGCUGAAGCCGCCGCCCUCGCCCUCGGCCAGGUCCUUCAUUUCUGAGCCCGGAUCGCCCUUUGGCUCGCACUUUGGCACACCAUUGAGCAGGACUGCCAGCAGGACCGAGAGGGAGAUUGACGAACUCGCCGCACAGCUGGAUUUUGAAAUCGAGGAGGCGCAUCGCAAAAAGGCAGAGGCCCUACAGAGCUGCAAGGAGGACGACGCUGCUCGCUGCGAAGACGACGUCGCGCGACUCGAAGCCGAAAGGGACCUUGUUAUUGACGAGCAGAGGAAAUUCGACUUGGCUCGACUUCAGGCGAAGCCGCCUUCGACUCCAUCCGCAAAGCCGAAGAAGGUCCUUGAGAAGCUGAACCUCUUCUCGAGAAGCAGGAAACCGAGCACCAACUUCAUUCAGCCGCCACUGACCCCUCUACCACCGGCUACCCCAAAUAGCAUCGCACCCUCUGUUUUUACACCCACACCUAGCAUCAGCCGAAGAAGCAGCCUCGACGACUCUCCUCCGCUGCACCCCUCGCAAAGGAUGAGCUUCAUUCGACCACACCCGGAUGGCGAUGCGCCAAUCUCUGCCAUUAAUGGCGGUGAACGACGCAUCACUGUUCGAUGUCUAUCGUCAACCAUUAACCUGGAAGUGACUGCUGAUACUACGCCGGAGGAUAUCCUCAUCGCAACGGCUGCUCAGACACGGCAUGACAUUGAUGUCGAAACCAGUGUCGUCAUUGAGUGCUAUGACACUCUUGGGCUAGAAAGGCGCAUGCGACGCUAUGAGCAUGUACGAGACACCUUGAAUUCUUGGGAUCGUGACCAGGACAAUUCACUCUUGGUUAUGCCUUGUGACACGCCGGGAGAUGACGACAACCUCGAACUCUCCUCUGUCCCGCAGACGGAUGAGCCUGCGCCUGGCUUCACUAUUCAGCUCUAUCAUUCCCCUCGCCCUGGCAAGUGGAGCAAAAGGUUCAUCACCUUGCUAAGCACCGGCCAAAUAUAUGCUUCUAAGCGCGCUGAUGCGCAGCCUGCGGACAAAGAUAGCACAUCGUUGUGCCACCUAACGGACUUUGACAUUUAUAAGCCGAAGGAGAGUGAGCUGAAGCGGCAUCUCAAGCCUCCCAAAAAGAUCUGCUAUGCCAUCAAGAGCCAGCAGAAGACAGUCGUCUUUCCCAAUGGAGAGAAUUUUGUCCACUUUUUCUGUACGGACGAUGCUGCCGUAGCCCGGAGAUUCUUCGACCAAGUGCAUGCUUGGCGAAGCUGGUACAUCGUCAACAAGAUAACGCACUCACGCCCGAUAGAGAGGUCUCCGCCUCUUGAUCUGAGCAUUGAAAGCAUCAAGAUGCCAAUCAUCCCUGAGAAGUCUCCACGAGUCUCUAGCGGCUUGACCCUUUCUACUGGAUCCUUCAUAGACGAGAGCGACUUUACCAGGGCCAUUGAGGAGUCUACCAGGAAGCUGGCUCUGGAGGCCCAGCUCAAUAAAAACAAGCCUAGAGGAAGGAAGGCCUCUAGUGCAUCCGUCGCCCACAGCGUGAAAGAAACGUUUUCGCCUACUGGCUUACUAGGAGAGGGGUAUGAAAAGCGCAAGGAGGAGGCAGCGGCGGCAAGCGAGACUACAACCGACAUCAAAAGCCCUACUGUCAAGAAGCUUGAGGGCCCAUUCACCGAAGGCCCGUCAUUGCUGAAUAGCAUCGGAUUAUCAUCCCCCAAAUCCCCCAAAUCUCCCGAACAGCCCCCGGUGAAGUCUUGGUUCCCAUCCGCUGCCGAACACAGCGCGCGCAACCGAACUGCUUCGAUUUCUCUUCGACGGCCUGUGACAGCUGACCCCUCAACUCAGUCUGAUCAUGGAAAGGGGCCGGCGCCGCUUCUAAACUUUGCUUCCAAUUUCCCAGAGCCUCCACGGCCCCGAGAAGGCCCUCGGCAGGGCCCCGGAUCGAGACGCGGCCAAGGGUUGCGCCCUCCACCAGGCUCGCCCCUCGUCAACUUUGCAACUGGGGGACAACAAGGACCACCAGGAUCACCAGGAGGAAGACCCGGCCCACCUCUUGCCGGCGCUCCUCUACCGCAGCCGGGCCCGCGAAACCGCAGCCGCUCUAUUGCCAGUUCCAAUGGCGGAGGUGGCUCUCGACGCAUGCCUGGCGCCGAAGACCUCCCUUCGGCAUCUUCACAAAACCGGGCCCCCGGCCCACGAUCGAGCCGGAUGCCCCCCCCCCCUUCUCCUCACGGCCCCGCGCUGCAGCACCGUGAUCAUCGCCGUCCGGGUCCUUUGUUGCAGGAACGCCAAGAGCGUCCCAAAGAACGGCCCAGGGAACGUCCUCAAGAGCGACGGCCAGGGCCUCUAGUCAACUCAGCCCGAUAG